UUAAUUAGGGAUUGACAUAUUCUUCGUUUAUUUUAAGAUAUAUAGCUGACAAAAUAUUCGUAGGUUUAUGCGAGGAAGGUCUUAAGUGGGGAUGGUCCUUAUUUGCUUUCUCUACUCCAAUUGACUACCUAGUUAAUCACAUCGAGAUCUGUCAACUUUUGAUAAUAAUUCAUAUAUAUAUAUAUAACCGUUGUGUUUUCAAGGGGGAAAAGCAUCAUUCAUGACUUCAUCAUUAUGUAAUUGUUUUGUCGCAAUUGAAAAUCUUGUAUUUCUCUUCAGUCCUUGACCUUACUCGCUGAUCAGAGCCGUGCUCACCUUAUCAAUUUUGGAGCAUUGGCCCCAAGUCCCCUAUCACAUUAGUACAUUUUGAGACCUUUAUAUUCAUAAAUCAUAUAAUCAAUAUAUGAUAAUAUGAUAAAACUAUAAUUAUUUCUUAAUACUUUUCAAUAAUAUGACCAUUUUUGCUUAGUUGUUGUGAAUAUUAAUUUCAUUGUAUAUGUUUUAUUUUGAAUGUCGAAAACAUUUUCCUACAUAUAAUUUGAGUUUGUAUAUACAAUUUUCAGUUAUAACCAAAAUAUAACUUUUGCCAUUAAUUUUUAUAAGAUUAAUUUUUCUUAAAAAUAAUUUUAAAAUAUAAAAUUAAAAAAAUAAUUUAUUUUUUUGGUUCGUAUUAAAAAAAAUUAAUAUACAUAUUUAAUAUAAAAUAAAUUAUUUUUGCCCUAGGCCUCUAAUAACCUUCGCACGGCACUGUCGAAUGAUUCACAUCGUAUUUAAAGUACACAAAAUGGUUACAACGUUUCGUAAUUGUAUGCCUAUGAAAUCUUAAAAAAUCUUGACCGAGCAUAUAUUUCUGACGCAUAUUCCGUAUUCGUUCAACAAUUACGGUCCUCAUAACAUAAUUGUAACUAUUCUUAUGUCUUAACCUAACUAGUGAAUUGGUAUGUUCAAAAACUUAUAGACGACAAUCUGAAACAUUUUACCAGAAAAUCAUCAUAUAUAGACAAGAUUUAAACGCCUAAAGUAUCACUAUUUAAAUAAAAUGCAGUAUGACUGGACCUCUGUUAUACUGUACAUGUUCCAUUGAUCAAUGUAUGUCUAUCUGAUCUUGAAAUCACUAAUGAAAUUCAAGGCGUUAAAGAUCGUCAGGUUCAACAGACUGUAUAGACCUACAUGGCUUAGUCGCAUAUUAAUUGCCAUUCUUUUCUAUUUUUGUUAGUGUUUUAGUUCGUUUAAAUUAAAUACCGUCUCGUGAAAUAAAUCUCUCAGAAUUAGGUUUUCAACUGUUAUACUUAUACCCCAUAGAUCAAAUAAAAGCAGGCCUGACACGUACUCGUUUGUGUGUUUGAAUGUAUAUAUGUCAAGUAUUUUAUACAACAGAUGCCCUCCUAUAGGGUAGGCUGUCUUUUUCAUUCUAUAGCUCUAGAACGGCUGCCAUAUAUAUAUACAAAGAUAUCACAAAGCACCAACAAAAUCAAAAGAAUAAAUAAGAACAAAAACUUAAGUUAGUUAUAUUCUUCUUAUGCAAAGAUGAAUCAAAGAGGCCUUAUGAUGAAUACUGGAGAAUGGUCCAUGUCUUGUUGCUCCGAGACCAACUCUAGUUCCACAAUCUACACUAACUCCAUGGCGGCCGCGACUAGAUCAUCGGGCGACGACAUUUCACUCUCUCUUCUUUUCAAUCUCUCUACCAUACAAGACAAAGUCCAUGAGAUCCAAUCUCUGGUCAACUUUUUCAUGAUCUCCCCUAGUAACAAUAACCAAUCCUGGGAGUCAACUUCGUCUUUAGCCGCGGCUAACGUCGAAAGUUUGGUUCAAGACAUCAUCACGGCUGCUUCUUCAAUGAUGCUCACUUGCCAAAGCCUCCAAAUCUCAACUGGCGACAACAGCAACAUCGAUACAAGUCAAACCACAGAUGGAACGUUCAUGGAGUUCUCCCAGGACUUCGACCCGGGUCAUGAUUUCGUCCAAGAGUCUUCGACCAACCUUCUUGGUGUCCGAGACUUCGACCCGGAUCAUGAUUUCCUCCAAGAAUCGUCAUCGAACCUUCUUGGUGUCCAGGAAAGAGAGCAUGUUUCGCUUAUAGACCAGAGUCUUGACUGGCACAGCAUCCAAACCUCAAACCCUAAAACAGAUCACCAUUAUUUUAAAUCAAGAACCGGGAACUAUGAGAUAGUGGAGCUAAGUGUGGAGGAUCUACUAGCGAAAUACACACAUUACUGCCAAAUCUGCGGGAAAGGGUUUAAGAGAGACGCCAAUCUAAGGAUGCAUAUGAGAGCACACGGAGACGAGUACAAGACACGUGAAGCCUUGAUUAAUCCAACAAGCCGUGACAAGAAUGUCGAAUACUCGUCACUCACGAGGCAUUACUACUCGUGCCCUCAACAUGGGUGUAGGUGGAACCAAAGGCACGAUAAGUUUCAGCCUUUGAAAUCUGUGAUUUGCGCCAAGAAUCAUUACAAGAGAAGUCAUUGUCCGAAAAUAUAUAUGUGCAGAAGAUGCAACGUGAAGCAUUUCUCGGUUCUGUCUGAUCUUAGGACGCACGAGAAGCAUUGUGGAGAUAUCAAGUGGGUUUGCUCAUGUGGAACUAGGUUUUCUAGGAAAGACAAGCUUACGAGCCAUGUUUCUUUGUUCUCGGGUCACUCACCGGCCCAUGAGCCGCCGCCGCAGCCUCCGAUGAUCUCACUCUAAAAUAUGACCACGGCCGAAGUUAAGUUAUAAGACGUAUCUCAAAUAACUUGUGUAUUAACAUGAUGACUUCUAUUUUAAUAGAUAAGAUGUUACAAAAGAUUUUUGUUGUGAUGGGUGAAUGCAAUGUUGAAUUAGCUUUUAAUUAUCCCUGAUUCUUCUAAUUAAGUUCAUGGGUGAGAAUUUUUGUUGAUCUAUACAUUCUCUGAUUUUAUCUCAUUCCAUUAAAUUAUAUACUUGUUCUGUUUCAUAAUAUAUGAUAUAUUGU